CAUGCUGGACUGCAAUAUCUUCCCUGGCUUGGGUCGAGACUAUGUGGGAACUGAAGUGAACUUGUUCCUUCUUCCCCUGCAGGAGAAUGAUGGGGAUGAUAGCCUCAUGAAAGCAGGGCCUGGAACGUACCCACUGUUCUCUUUGCUCCCGGGGUACAAAGGACACCCUUCCUUCUCCACCAUGGUUUCCAAACUCCGCAGCCAAAUACUUGCGAUGCCUCGCUGUCAACUGUCUCACACCAUCCUUACUGAAAAGAACUGGUUUCACUAUGCGGCUCGUAUCUGGGACGGAGUGAAAAAAGUCUUCAGCCCUCUCUGAAUACAGCCGCUUGCUCUGCUGACAGCUUGCCCCGUCUGCUCAUGGUUGACAAGUGACCGUUCAGCUCCAAUGACAAGUCACACAAACGGAAAUGCAGAUGUGAAAAUGGACAGAUUAAUCUUGACUCUGAAACAGGAGGCCGUGUCAGUGAUGAUGAACGAGCUGUGACCACACACUUUGGUUGAAGUGAAAGUCUGCAGACUCUUGCAGCUUUGUCAAAGGAUUUCAACGAGGCAUCCAUGCGCAGAAGGAAGUGGUAGUUCAACACAUAGGAUGGAGGUGUGAUGAUCUAAACCACUUCCUUGUGUGCAUACAGGCAUUUGUACCCAUAAUUCAUCAUGUAUGUAUGCACAGGACAGAAAAAGAACAAGGGCAAUGCUUCUGGGAUUGAAUCCAGAUAAUUGUAUAUCACUGUCAGUUUUCAAUGGUCACAGGUUACACCGCUGUGCAAUAUCACUUAAAUAU